UUGGAGCAUCAGCAAGUGGAAGAUGCCGCUCCUCGAUAAGGUUAAAAAAAAAAGGAGCAGGAUAUUAAAUUCAAAAAAUCGGAGAAUCAGGAUAAUAGCAAGUGGAAGAUGUCCCGCUCCUCGGAACUUUUCGAAUCUGCCAUACAUGAGCUCUAUGCAUUUAUUUUGCAAACUAUUAAACUUCUAACUUAGAGAAAUAUAUAAGAAAAUCGAUUACUUGAAGGCGUCAGUUCUCUCUCUCGACCUUAUGUGGUCGCCGUGGAUGAGUAGUCGAUACCCCGCCACCGCAGGCGCCACCCUCCGCUCUCCCACCACCUCCCACCUCGGGGACCUCCAAGCCAUCGUCCAUGACGACGCCGACGAACACCCCUCCUCCCACGUCUUCCGCCGCGUCAUCCACCGAGCCCGCCCCGCGUCCUCCGCCCUUCGUGCUCUCCGCUCCGCUGCCUCGUAUCCCGACCGACGCGGCACCGUCGUCCUCUACUUCACCUCCCUUCACAUCGUCCGCCGCACCUUCGAGGAUUGCCGCGCCGUCCGCUCCAUCCUUCGCGGCCUCCGCGUCGUCAUCGACGAACGCGACCUCUCCGUGGAUUCGCGCUCCCUCGCCGAGCUCCAGGCCGCCCUUGGCCGCCAUCGGCCCACCCUCCCGCAGGUCUUCCUCGCUGGCCGCUGCCUUGGCGGCGCCGACGAGAUCUGCCGCCUCCACGAGUCCGGCGAGCUCAAGGCUCUCAUCGACGGGACAAACCCCUCCGCCGCAUUCCCGUGGUGUCUUUACGAUGAUUGA